AUGAGCAGCAGCAGCGGUCCAUCACCAGUGCUACCUUUACUUCUGGUGGGAGCCUUGGGAGUGGUGAUUCUUGCCCCGGCAUUCAUGACAGCUGCCGACGUGUUGCUGUUUCUGCUUCUACCCAGUGGCAGUGAGAGCUCUGGUCUGUCUCCUUUGGUCCUGAUGGCGAUCCCCGUUUCACUGGUACUGUUUAUGCAUUUGAUUUCAUGGUGUUUGCCCAUUUAUGGAGUCUGCCGGGACGGAAGAUGGCAGAGCGAAGAGUCAUCUGCAUUUGGCGACGAUGGCGAAAGUUUUACUCUGGGAGCGUUGAUUCUGAUUCUCUUCUUCUUUGUCUUGUAUGGCCUCUUGAGCUGGUAA